GGAGGAGUGGCUUUCUUGGAAGGCUGUCGCAGGACUUUCACUAUAUCCCAAGGAAAAGGAGUUAAAGGAUGUCAGAAGAAAGCGUGCUGCGAUUGUAAGAGAGACAGGGACUGGUGGUUCCAUUGAAUGUAUUUUAUUUUUUCAGUUGCAGACUAACAUUACAGACUUAUGACUAGUCCUCCCCUGGGAUUCAAGCAGUUUCGCGAGCCACUUAGAUAGAUAGUAUUUAAUACAGUAAACGCAGCACUGCUACAGCUAGUAACACGAUUUAAAAACUUUAUUAAAUUCGAACCACUUAAUAAGUUUUAAAUGCAACGCUGUUUGAUAUAUGAGAAAACUAUGGCAGCCGAGACGAGGAACGGCGGGAGUUCACUGAACAACAAUAACUGCAAAGACCACAGCAGGAGAAAGUUACUGGUCGGGGUGGAUCUCUUCUGCUUGUUCUUAGCUGGCCUGCCUUUCUUGGUCAUUGAGACCAGCGCUGUUCAGCCUUACCAUAGAGGGUUUUACUGCGAUGAUGAGUCCAUCAAGUACCCGGCCAAAAAUGGAGACACCAUUAGCGACGGUGUACUUAGCGCUGCUGGUAUUCUUAUCACCAUCCUCUCUAUCAUCAUCGGGGAGAGCUACAGGAUCUACUUUCUGAACGAGGGGUCCAAGUCUUUUGUAGGGAACCCCUACAUUUCUGCUCUCUACAAGCAGGUGGGCGUGUUCGUCUUCGGCUGUGCCAUCAGCCAGUCCUUCACCGACAUUGCCAAAGUGUCAGUGGGCCGCAUGCGCCCUCACUUCCUCGAUGUGUGCAAACCAGACUUCUCCACUAUCAACUGCUCCCUGGGCUACAUCACUGACUACCACUGUCAGGGGCCAGAGAGCAAAGUUCAGGAGGCCAGGAAAUCUUUCUUCUCUGGGCAUGCAUCAUUCUCUAUGUACACUAUGCUUUACCUGGUGUUUUAUCUGCAGUCUCGUUUCACUUGGCACGGAGCUCGCCUGCUGCGCCCUCUGACCCAGUUCACCCUCAUCAUGAUGUCUUUCUAUACCGGCAUGUCCCGUGUCUCUGAUCACAAGCACCACCCCACUGAUGUCCUGGCGGGUUUUGUGCAGGGAGCCUUGGUGGCAUACUGCAUAGUAUUCUUUGUGUCUGAUUUGUUUAAGCCCAAAGGUAGACGUUCUACCCUGUUGCCAACCCCAGUGAAGAAAGAUCUCGUUCCUCCAGCAGACAUCAGAGAGCGAAGCAACCAUCUCAUCAUGGCAUAGAAAAGACUGCCAACUGACUUUAUAUAACCCUGACCUGUGCCAUUUAAAUCACUGCUACAGCCACUGGUCAAUACUGGAUGAAAUAAACUUCAAAAAUCUGGAUAAUGCAGACAAAUAUGGAACAUAUAUGGAACAUCUCAGAGGAUGAGAAGAGGCCACGGAAAACAAUCAAGCAAGUUUUGCUUUCUCAACGGAAAUGUUCAUCUUUUUCCCUCAUUCUCACUAGACAUUUUAAUGUGGAAAAGAGAGAGGACUGGGCAUAUGUUUGUUUAUGUUAUGAAGAUUAUUGGAGAUUCUCCUCUGUCAAGGCCUUUCCAUGGACAAAAGUCUGAAAUAAAACAAAACUUGAGAAUUGGCAGCUAUACACAAAGCUGUGUGUGCCUUUCUCCCCUCAGCUGCAUUCAGCAUGGGAGCUAUACUAAUAUUCCUGCCACUCAUUCACUAUGUGACUAAUACAAACGAAACAUGACAAAAAAACUAAUUCCUGGAUUUCAUAAAGGAUGUUGUUUGGUUUUAUUACGAACAUAAGCAUUGUAUGUGUGAUUUUAUAGUAAUAUUUUAGCUAAACUCAGUACUGUUUGUCACCACUUGAAUGACCUGAAGUUAAGCUUUUGGAAAGCUUUGUAAGACUUUGUAAGCUUGUGUUAUGUCCAUAAUGUAGUGUUACAUAGAAGGUGCACAUAAUUUAGAGUAGGUGGAAAGUACAGUGAGAGCGAAUGUGUUAGAUGUGGGCCUCUUUCUGCUGGGUAGGACGAGCCCUCAUUGAGCCAUUUAAUGAAAUGUACCAGACAGGUGCUCACAAGUUUUAGGUCAGAGUGUGUGUCCCGUGCGUGUGUGUGUGUGUGUUUGGGUGUGUUUGGGUGUGUGUGUGUUUGGGUGAGGCCUUUCUGUGAGCAUGUCAGUGUGUUUUAAUGUCAUGUCUAUAUAUUUUAGUGUUUAUAGCCUACAAGUGUGCCUCUUCAGCCAGAGAACAGGUACCUGCUCCAACAGACACUUGAGACGGGAACACUGUGGAAAAAAGUAUCUGUACAUGCAUGUAUACUCAAAUUAAAGACCAGAUCUUCCUAGAGCAGUGGUUACUUUUCAGUACCAAAGCAUAAUUUAGUAAAAAAGUAAACAAUUCAUUGUCACAUUUUAAGCGCUUAAUAUCUCUUAAAGUCUUGGAAAGUAAUAGACUAGGGCUUCCAAUGAAGCUCUGCAUUUAACUAAUAGACAAAAUCAUUACACUGGUAUACAAUUGCAUUAUCAUAGAUGAAAAUCAUUACAUUGGUGUACAAUUUAAAGUUAUAAUGAUGAUAAUAUGUUUGCAUGACAUUAAUGUAAUUAACUUUUUAGCAAAGAAAAAACCACUGACUGAAAUUAUCAUCCUAACUCAACUUUAAGAUACUGAGACAAGCUUUGAUCUGACGCUUAUAUGGAUACUAGUUUUUUCUUCAUACAUGUCUUGAAAAUCUUCUAUUUACAGCAUCAGGAAAUUCUGCAUGCUACCAUACAUUGUACAAUACUGUUUCAUGUGUUUAUACACAGUAUUUCUUUUGAAGAAACGCCCACUAUGACUUUGUGUCGAGACCUGUGUAAACGUAAAACAUGCUGCUUUAAAGAGGCAAAGCUUGGCAGAUGUCAUCCAGUAAAGUUGACAACUUGUGAAUAUUAAGUUUAAUGGAAAAACAAAGCUCUCAAGGCAGACAGCUUCAGUACAUUUUUAUUAAAAAAAAUA